AUGGAGAAAAUAGUAAACCUUCUAACAAAUAUUGAACAAGGGAUUGAUAUUGUGGAGAAUAUGAAAGAAUUAGAAAUUAGUAUUUCUGAUGAUAAAAGCAAUCAAAUUAAAAUGUAUUGUAUUCAGAAAGGAUUGAUUGAAUUUUGUUCAAACAAAAUGGAAGAUUUCAAAAGUAUGAAAAGAGAAUGUUUAUGUGGUAUGUGUUCUUUGUUAGUGUCAGUACUAAUGUAUAGUGAAGUUGCUAAAAAGAAGAUGAUUACUUGUGGUAUUGGAAAAAGUGUUUGUGAGAUAAUUCGGGUUAUUCAUUAUCAUGAUGAAACAAUAACAAAUAUAACAUUAAAUGAUCUUCUUCGACUAUGUUGGGGGUUAAUGACUGUUGCAGAUUUUACUGUGAGAAGAAGUUUAGUAACAAAGAAUAAUAUUAAAAAGGUUUUAAAAAGCUAUGAUAGAAUUACUGAUGAUGAGACAACUGUUACAGCCUUAAAUUUAAUGUCAGCGUUAAGCAUUGACGACUAUGUUAUACCUUUUUUUGUUUCUACUGGAAUGAUAGAACAAUGUAUUAAUUUAGGAAAGAAAUGGAUGAACUCAGCCAAUGUAAUGAAGGCUUUAUGUAUUUUUAUAGCUAAUACUAUUUUCACAGAAACAGAGUAUGCAGUAGCAAAGAAAGUUGGUGUAAAUACCUUAUUAAUUAAUAUUACAAAUAAUUUCAGUUCUAAUGAUGAAGUUAUUAGUAGUCUCAUUUCUGCAAUUCGAUCUGUUGCAAACUCAAGUGAUGAAGCAAGUCAAGAAUUUAUUAACACUGGAAUUUAUCAACAACUCUUUACUGUUGCACAGGGGAAAUCAGUUUCUAUUCAAGAAAAGUUAAUGAAUUUCCUUUUUUUCAUUUCUCAAAACCAGAGUGGUUGUUUAAUUCAAAUGAAUGUUGUUCCUUAUAUUACUCAAACAUUAAAACAAAUGUGUGAUUCUCAACCAUUACUUGAUAAGUCAAAAGAGUCUUUAUUACCAUUAAUGAGAAAUAUCCUUGGAAUUCUUCUUCAUAUUUGUUUUGAUGAAAGUCAGGUUGAUGUAGUAAUCAACUCAGGUAUUCUAUCUAUUCUUCAUCAAGCUAUGGAAUUAACAAUUCAUGACAAAGUAUGUCAAUCAACAGGAUGUUCUAUUAUUCAAUGUCUUGCUCUCAAGGAACAAAACAAUCAAGUAUUGUUCAAGAAUGGAUUAGUUGAUGAUGUUGUAAUUGCUCUUGAAAAACAUUUAAAGAAAAAGGAUGUUGCUCUUUCUGCUAUUGGAGCUGGGAUUAAUCUUGCUCAAAAUGGAGAGUGUGCAAAUGAGUUAGUUGAAAAGGGAAUUGUUGAUUUGUUUAUAACAUUACAUAAACGAUUCCCAGAAAAAAAGCAAUUAAAUUCUAAAAUGAUAACUUGUGUUAUGAACAUUCUAAUAGAUGAAGUAGUUGCUAAAAAAAUUUCUGAACAAACAUUACCAUUUGUCCAAGAAAUAUUAUUAACAUAUUCUCAUGAACAAAGCAUUGUAUUACAGUGUUUAAGUUGUAUUAUAUCAUUGGUAAAGGCUGAAGUUACAUCUUCAAAAGUAAUUAUAUCAUUAGAAGAUCUUUUUAAGAAUCUUGAUCUUAACGACAAACAAAUUAACAAUAAAUUGCUUCAACUCAUAUGUUCUAUUUCAGUUAAUAAGAAAUUAGCAUUAACAUAUAUUACAAGUGGAACUAUUGAAUUUGUUAUCUCAAAUGCAAAACGGUUAUUUGAUUAUAAAGACAUUUUCUUAAAUUCAACAGCUUGUCUUAUUAAUUUCUCAUGUUAUAAUGAACUUCAUCCAUUAUUAUUAAAACCAUCAUUAUUUCUUCUUUUCAAUGAAGCGGCAACAAAAUACGGUGGAGAUGCUAAGGUUUGUGGAGUUAUUUCUAAUUGCUGCAAAAAUUUGAGUAUUUUAGAAUCCUCAAGAAAAAUUAUCAUAGCAAACAAUUUCCAAACAACAAUUGCACAAAUACUAGCUAAACAUCGUACAAAUGAAGAUAUUUUUAAGGCUUGUAUUGGCUGUUUAUGGAAUUUAUCAAUUGAUCCUGCUGUAACUCCUCAAAUGAUUGAAUUAAAUGUAAUUCAUUUCUGUAAAAGAGCAUUAGAAGAUACUUUCAAAACAAAUCAGCAAGUAUUAAAUACAAUAAUUGGAUUUUUAAUGGUAGUUAGUAACAAUGAACAAGCUCGUAUGCAAAUUAAGUCAGAGUGUCUCUCUGCAAUAUCUGGGAUACAAAUUAGUGACUCAAGUCUAAAACAACGCCAAGAAAAAUUAAUUCAAAAGAUAACCUCAUAA